AUGGGUUCUGAACAACAUCCUAUGCUUCCUGUUCUACAUUUCACCAAAGAAGAUUUGAAACCAGGGACCGAAUCCUGGUUAGCAACAUGCAGAAGUGUGCGCCAAGCACUUGAAGAACAUGGUUGCUUUGUAGCUGUGUAUGAUAAAGCUUCUGAUGAGCUACAAAAUGGUGUAUUUUGUUCCAUGAAGGAGCUUUUCGAUCUCCCAACAGAAACCAAACAAAGAAACACAUAUGAGGGCGCGCCCUUGAAAGGCUACGUUGGACAACACCCCAAGAUUCCUCUCCACCAAAGCAUGGGUAUAGAUGAGGGAGCAACACUGGAGGGAAUUCAAAGGUUUUCCCAAAAAAUGUGGCCCAAAGGCAAUGAUGAAUUUUGUAAAUAUAUAUUUGAGUAUGCCAAGGUAGCUGAAGAAUUGGAUCGAAUGGUGGCGAGAAUGAUAUUUGAAAGUUAUGGCCUUUUAGAGUACUAUGACGCAUACAUAGGGUCUACAAGUUAUCUCCUUAGGCUUUUGGCACACCAAGCACCAGAACAGGUUGAGCCUCAACUGGGUCUUGUGGCUCACACUGACAAGAGCUUCACCACAAUUCUUCAUCAAAAUCAUGUCAAUGCACUGAUGGUGGAGACAAGGAAUGGUACCUGGAUUGAUGUUGAAUUCUCUUCGGCUACUUCAUUUGUCGUCAUGGCUGGUGAUGGACUCAUGGCAUGGAGCAACGACAGAAUAAAGUCCCCUAAUCAUAAGGUUUUGAUGAGUAAUGGGAAUGAAACAAGGUACUCUCUUGGUCUGUUUGCCUUCUACAAAGGAAUCAUGAAAGUGCCUGAAGAGCUCAUUGAUGAAGAGCAUCCAGUGCAAUAUAAACCGUUUGAUCAUCUUGCAUUGCUGAACUUCACUUACAGUGCUAAUAUGAAAGCCUAUUGUGGAGUGUGA